GCUCACAGCGGGUCGUUUGUCUCGGCCGGGCUUUCAGAAGGAGUCUCCCUCCUCCUCCUCCUCCGCAGGGUGUCUGCGGGUCUCCGUCCGUCUGAACGGCUGCUCCUCUCGUCCAGGUGAGACAUUGUUGGAGUUCCUCCGAGAAGAUGACGGACUCCACGCCGCCGGAAACCGGCGCCAUCCCGGACCCGGCCGUCGGUGCGGACUCUAGGGUAAUGAACGGGCAGCGUGAGCGGGUGGGUUCCCCUCCGCAACAACAACAAGGAGCAGAGCAGCAGGAGAACACGGAAAGUCAGGGAGAAGGUCUCAACAUGGACCACGAGAUGAAGAUAACAGAGAGCAUAGAGGACAGAGGUCUGCUGGAGAGCAGCAUGCGCCUGAAGCCCCACGAAGCCCAGAGUUACAGAAAGAAGGCCCUGUGGGUGUCCUGGGCGUCCAUCGUGGUCACCAUCAUCCUGGCUAUCGCUGCUUUCACUGUCUCCAUCAUGCGCCACAGCGCCUCGGCGUUCGGAUUCGCGUUUGACGCCACGCUGGACGUGCUGUCGUCUGUCAUCGUGCUGUGGCGCUACAGCAACGCAGCGGCCGUCCACUCUGCACACAGAGAAUACAUAGCCUGUGUUAUCCUGGGUGUCAUUUUCGUCCUGUCCUCCCUGUGCAUCAUGGGAAAGGCCAUCCACGACCUGGCCACCAAGCUGCUUCCGGAAGUGGACGACUUCCUGUUCAGCGUGUCCAUUGUCAGCGGCUUGGUGUGCGCCAUCUUGGCUGUGAUCAAAUUCAUGCUCGGCAAAGUGCUCACCAGCCGAGCUCUGAUCACCGAUGGAUUCAACUCGCUGGUCGGGGCGAUCAUGGGGUUCUCCAUUCUGAUCAGUGCUGAAGUGUUCAAACACGAGCCCAAAGUGUGGUACCUGGACGGGACAAUAGGUGUCUUCAUGGGUCUCAUCAUCCUAGCCUACGGAGUCAAGCUGCUGCUGGACAUGGUCCCUCGGGUCCGGCAAACCAGGAACUACGAGCGCUUUGAGUGAUGGAUCACAGAGGAUGAGGAGUGACUGACAGGGCAGGUCCUGUAGAGACACGUCUCCUCACAGACAAUCACGUUGGGUCCUUAAGGUGUCGGUGAAGACUGAACCGAGGAUCCGACCGGCGGGACCUCCCAACGUGUUUCCCGUUUUGUGUAUAUACGUCCAUGUGUCUCGGUGAGCGGACCGCUUGCUUCUCCAUCCUAUUAACCCAGUAGACGAGGACGAGCGUGGACCGCUGCCUUUGGAGACCUUCAGAGUUGCAGCUUUGUGUUGUGUAAGUGACGUAGGGCUCCAGCUGAUCCAGGAGGACGUCGCUCUGCCGUGCUGUAAAAUGUAGCUGAAGUAGCGCCAGAAUAUCGCUGCUCUCUAACUUUUAUUACAGAUUUAUGAAGCCAAGGCCCAUUUGGCUAAAAGAGCAGGUCCAUGAGCACACGGUGAAGAGGCACAAUAUUUAAACGGACACCCCUUCAGCUACCUGGCCUUUAGUUCCACCCGAAUGUUUUACGACCUGACUAGAAAACUAACGAGCGGAAACCCAUUUUAGCUCGUUUUCCCCCAAAAUUCAGUAGUUUUUCAGAAUUCUCAUAAUCUUAAGUUUUCUUUUCUGAAAAUGGAAACCGAUUUUAUGGGACUGGACUGUACCUGUCAGCCAUCUACUGGCCAAGAGGAGUACUACGUUUAAUAGGCACGUAUCUAUGAAUAUUUAUGUUAGAAAUAUUUGAGUGUGGGAGAGUGAAAAGAGACUUUAAUGUCAAACUAUCAAAGAAAAGUUCCCACUGUGUCGGUUUCCUUUGUAACCGUUAAGUCAGAAUGGAUGUUUUUACUCUUUAAUGUUUUAGUGAAAAAGGCGUUUUUUUUAGCUCUCCGGCUUCAGGUUGAUCCCAGCUGCAGUGGGCCGGCACCGGUGCCACGGACUGGUGGUGGUGGGGUUAAAUCAGAGUAGCCCGACGGAGACUCACCUUUUCCUUUGGUACAAAUCAGUGGUGUCCGGUAUUCAGCAUGUUUUAGUUGUGUUUCUGCUCCAGCAGGCUCAUUGGGCUCUGCAGAAGUCUGUUUGUCACCUGCUGAUUGAAAUCAGGUGUGUUGGAGCAGGGAAACAACCAAAACGUGCCGUCUAGCGGCCCUCCAGGACCAGGACUGAGCUCUCGUUUUAGGGGUUUCUCUGCCCCAACACACCUGACCCUCAACGGUACGGGUUUCUUACACAAACACACCCUUACCCUCACAGCAAAGUUUAUGUUUAUUUAUUUGGCAGACGCUUUUAUCCAAAGCGACUCACAAUGUAUAACCUAUAGGGCAUGUUGUGGUCUGUGGGGGAAACCGGAGUACCCGGAGGAAACCCACGCAUGCAUGGGGAGAACACGCAACUCCACACAGAAAGGCUGCAGCCGAGUUUCGAACCUGCGACCUUCGUGCUGCGAGGCAACAGUGCUAACCACUGCGCCACCAUGCAGUCAACACACAAGUGAUUAGCUGCUGUUUGCGAGAUCUGAAGGACAGGUCCGUUUUUUAAUGUCAUGUUUGGGAUGGGACGCUGUAGCUGUAGCUGAAACUGUAAUUAAAUUUGAUGUCAAUCAUUUACUUGAUAUUGUAAAAAUAUUGAUUUGCAGGACAGUUUGACAACUUCGAAACAGGAAAAUGACUUAUUAGACAUGGAUAAAAUCAAUGAUCAUAAACGGUUACAAAAGAUCUAAACAGCUGAUUAAGUUACGUUACGCUUUUAGUUCAGGUCUGUUUGCUUAUUCUGCUCAACCAACGGCGUGUUUCCAUAUCCUGAAGCUUCUGAUCAGUGGGUGUCGUCAUCAGGUGCAGGUUGAUCAGGACUUCUCUGCUGUUAUUAUAACCAAAUCUAGAACCAUGUGAAUGAGUUCAUCUCUGCUCUCAACAAACAAGAUGGACUUCCUGUAAGUAAACACACAUAUAAAGUGUGUUUGGUUUGUGCUGACUGUACAUUUCUGUGUUUGCUGCUGUGAUGUAGGAAAAAACCAGUCUGAGCCGUUUGUCACAGAAAAAAGAUUCAUUUAAAAAUAAAGUUGUAUCCCUCAUCACCAACUGUGAGAACAAGCUCAA